UCUGAUUUUGCUUCUCUCCCGCUUGCGCAGGCUGUCAGUGAACAAUCCCUAAAUACCCACCACCAUGUCGUUUGCUGCCUCGUCGCCGACAACCUCACAUUCUCCUGAAGAUUCAUCAGCUUCGCCACACAUGGAUACCGAUUUAGGAUUGGAUCCUUCAGACCCACUCAACCUUUGGCUUCACAAUACUUCUCAGGGCAAUGAUACAUCCAUGGACGAUAGUUCGCCUGGAGGAAGCCCCCCGGAUUGGUCACAGUUGUCUGGUCUAUGGCCACCUUCUAUGGAUGCUGGAGGAAAUGCGAAAAUGGACUUCAACGUCUCUCUGGAGGGCGACAUGGACUUCGUUAAUUCAAUGGCCAUUGAUCCAAAUGCGCUACACCUCAAUUACACAGAUUUUCCUAUACACGACGUCACCUAUCCCUUUUCAUUCCAAACCAACGACACUUUGACGCCGAAAGAUGCGCUGACACCGUCUCAUCGACACCGGAAGCUUAGUACCACGUCUUCUUCAUCGUCUUCAGGAGCAUCUUUUUCGCCUGUUAGUAGUCCUGAAGCACCCCACGCUGUAACUUAUGUUCAGGAGACGUUUUCGGAUCCUGCAGCUGAAUUGGCUCAGCGUGUACUUCAGUCUGCGGGUCUCAUACUCGCCGUUCCAGCAGAUAUGAAGACGGCCUUGAAUGGUUUAUCGAUCAAUAAAACCUCUGCGUCUGCACCAGUCUCUGCAUCGCCUUCUCAGUUAAACGUAGGACCGAUACAGGCACAUUCCCCGCAGUCCUAUUCAUCUUCCGCUUCAUCCACAUCUUCAGCACCUUCAACACCUCCCCCAUCAACACCUCCGCAGACUAACAUUCCUCUGGAUGGAUCUCUCUCUACCAUAAAGCCCAUGCAACAAGCCUCAAUGGGUGUCUUAAGUCGUCCGAAGACAAGUCAUACGACUAUCGAACGGCGAUAUCGUACCAACCUGAAUGCCCGGAUUACCAGCUUGCGCAUGGCUGUACCGGCUCUACGGGUGUUGGAGGAUAAGGACGGAUGUAAUGUCGGAGGAGGUGGGAAGAAGGGAAAGAACUCCACACUUGGAAAGGUGGUAUUUGGUUCUCAAGUGAAGAAGGAAAACGAGGAUGGAACAGAUGUUAUUGACUAUAUCGACGAACGGGGGUUUGUUGAUGGUGUCAAGGUUGCGAGGAAGUGCAGCAAGGCAAAUAUUCUAGGUAAAGCCGUGGAGUACAUUCGCGUCCUCAAGAAGAGAGAGAUACGUCUCAACCGAGAGCAAGACGGACUUAAGCAACUGAUACGAGGACUCGUGGGUGGACCUGCUUUGCUGCAAGAGUGGGAGCGAGAAUGGAAAGCAAAGUUCGGUGGUGAAGAAAAGGAUGAAGUUGAGGGUGAAGAUGAAGAUGGAAGUGAUGAUGAAGGAAGCGGAGAUGAUGACGAAGAAGAAGACGGAAGGAAGAGAAAAAAGCCCAAGUUAUCACCCCCACCGAAAAAGGAGGCAAAGGAAAAGAAACCCGCUGCUCCACAACCUCAGCCUCAGGUCCUUCCGGACGGGACGGUCAUAAUGCCCGAGAAACGCAAGCGAGGCCGCCCCCGUAAAGUCCAACCUAAUGCACCUGCCCCUGGAGGACAAACCUUGACGUUCCCUACGAUGGCCCAACAACCGCCCGUUUCGCAGCAAUCUCAGCCCCAACACUCUCCGCACUCUCAGUAUCUGUUAGCCGUUUUUGCACUCUUUUCCUUCUUCAACUCGCCGUUUUCAUCCUCGUCUUUCCAUACAUCCCCGAAUCAUUCUCAUACCGGAAGCGUGCUCACCCACAAUAACGCACCAACUCAUGCAGUCGUCCGAGGUUGGACAUUGCACGAUGUCAUUCAAGUUUUCCAUUUGCUCGUCUCCGUCCUCGUGUUUUUCUCGAUCGUGUUACCAUGGUUCCCCGCCUCGAAGUACUUCUCGUUGUCAUAUCUAUCAUCAAUACGCGCCUCUUAUCGGGAACGUGCACGGACUCGAUCAGAGUCAAGGACUGCUGAGUCACGUUUCGCUCACAUUCGUGCAGCUUUGACCAAACGGGGCUCAUCGGAUGAGGCGGCCGCCUUGCAUGAUGCAUUGGGCAAUGAUUUCUUCUCGUUACGGAGUCUCUUUGGGAAGCAGAAGAACUACACGUAUCAGCAAAAAGGACUUGAACAAUGUGCUUGGGUUCGUUUGGGCGAAAUCUGUGUUUUGAAAGGCGACACAUCAUUCUUGAACCGAGCAUUAACCUUCUGGCUUAUGCGUGCUCAUCUAUGUUGGUUCACAUGUAGCGCAGCUGACUUGUCCACGCUGGCUUUGGUUCUAUACCCGGUGUGCACUCUUGCCCGUCGUCCUGCUCGUGCGAUCUGGGAAACAGCUCGUGCACGGAAGGGUUACACCGGAGAUCAAGGACGUGGGGUAGGCGUGCUCAUAAGACCACACGAACGUCUGGUUCUCGAGUCUAUGGGCGUUGAUGAGGCUUACAAGACACUGAAAGCUCUUCCUCCUGAUUCGAUAAAUCCACGGUAUUCGCCCAUUGGCAUUCUUGCCAGCUUGGUCAUCAAAGAACGUGUCAAGAAACAUCUCCAAAAGACGUUUGUCCGGACAAUAUCACAUCCCGAAAAUAAUCUGGAGCUUGAGGAAGAUGAUGUGGAUGUCGCCAAAGUCACAAGAGAAGUAGAGGAAGAGGAGAAGGAAAUGAGAAUUAGUAUCGAUGCCGCUCGUUCAAUGGGCGGAGAGGUAGCUGAGAUCGGUGAGAUGUUAGAGAGUUUGUGGAAAGUGGAUGCACAUGAGUUGGAUUGGAAUUUGGAGGACGACGUGGAGGAUAAUCUGGAAGGAAACAUUCGUGCUUUGGUUAUCGCCGUCUUGCUCUAUCGCCGGAUAUUCUCAUCGUCAAUUGUCGGACCUGUUGGUGAUGUACAUGGUUCUGCGGUCUCGAUAUUGUUGAGUCCGCCACCGAGUCCGAGUCGACAAGAUGCCCGCGUACAUUUAUGCCUCAGGAAGGCUUUGGGAUCGUCGGUAUUUGACUCUGCCGUAGGAGAUGAAUUUAGUCGAGCGUUGGAGGAUGCAAGAGACCGAGUAGUGGAUAUGCUCGUCGAUCUUGAGAGAGCGUGUCGAUGAUCGUUUAUUUCUCAUCUUUAUUGAAUUUUUCCUUCGGAGUAAGCGCUCCUCCGUCUUCGCUUUCAAGAUAUAAUGUUUCUGUUUUGCUUAGUACUCGUUGUUGUUUCUAGAUAGGACUUUUGUUCAUGUUUUAUUGGCUCGUAAGCCUUAUGUAUCUGUUCAUCUUUGUUAAAAGACUAGUAGUUAUUGUAUUGAGCGUGGUACGAAAGCUCGUUACCAACUGAGGGUCACAACCAGAUUCUAGAGCGGAUUCGGGACUCAACCUUGUUCAGCCACGAGCUCGUUGUGAACAGCCAUGCAAAGGUACGCAAUGUGGGGGUGGUGGCCGGUGCUCUGGACAGAGUCCCCCUUCCCCACCACCCUCGGGGACGAUGGCGUUGAGUUGCGGGCUGUACCAGGAGAGGCACGAUCCCUCGUCGGCGUCCCUUGUCAACAUGCAGAUAAUAUCGUCAGAAUAGAGAGGGUGAAGUUCCUCCGAAGUGUCUGUCUGAAGAGAUGACAGGUUAUUCGAGAUUUGAGAACUUGAAGAAACGUGGUUGAUUGAACAUUUGCCAAGGGGAGAAAGGGGGACUAGAAGGCAUGAGCACACUAAUGGCGGAGGAAAUAAAUGGCAGACGCACGAAUAAAAGUGUAGGCAAUCUUCAAGAAUACAACGGACACUGGUCAAAACGAC